GUGCUGUCGUUGGCAACGGCGGAGGCUGGAGCGGGAAGAAUACAACUACUACUGGAGAACAGUUGAUGUCAAAUCAAAAGUGAUGUUUAAUUAGUAGCUGGGUGAACUGGAAGAGCCCUGUCGUCUCAUAACGAUGUGAAACUGUGUUUUUGAAAAAUCUUUUUAAUUACUUGCGAAGGAGAGGCAGCGUUCCGUUUCCAUUUAACGGUCUGUUUGCUAGCUAACAUCUGUGAAUUUAACAGUUUGAGCAAGUUGCAGCAAGACUGAGACAUAAACUGGUGGAUUACCCAUUUGAGAUAUUCGCCACCAAUGGCCUCCAAAGGUUGGCAGCAUCCAUAUGUCAACAUAUUCAAACAUGUCAGAGUUGAAGACUGGAAAAAGGCUGCAAAAGAGGGGGAUGUGUCAACAUACACGGACAAGACACUGAAGUGCUCAGUGUUUCGGAUCAAGGGUCCUGUUCCUGCCAAUAGCUACAUCCUGGUACCCAAAAACAGCAACCAGUCCCUGGGGUUGAUAGGGCGCUACUUCUACCUUCUCUUCAGGCCCACUCCUGGAAAAUACUUUGUGGUCCACCUGGAUGUCGCUGCUGAGGAGGGCCAGGUGAUCCGUAUCUCCUUUUCCAACAUGUUUAAAGAGUUCAAGGGAACAGCUACCUGGCUUCAGUUUCCUUUCCUGUGUGGAGCUGCAAAGGAUUCAGUCUAUGAAAGCACGGCCAAAUCUGCAAGACAUGGUUUAGUAGGUCCAGCCCCCACUUCAGUGCGUUGGACCUGUCUGAUGCUGGAUCUGCAGUAUGCACUCACUGUCUACCUCAACCGCUGCUACAGUCACCUGAAAAGCAUCAAGCUUUGUGCCAACAUGGCUGUGAAAAACAUGUUUACCAGUGACUUGCUGCUUGAUCCAGGAGUUUCCUUCAGUGAAGCCAAGCUAAUGGGUCUGGCCUCUUCACAGGGAACAGGUCCCAUGCCCAGAGACAUGUCAUUCCCUGUGCCGAAAGGAGGCUCCUGGCAUGACCUCUAUGAUUAUAUCAAGUUUCCCUCAGAAGGAACAAAGUUACCCUUUGACUCCAUUCAAAAGGGCAAUACAAGACCUGAGGCCAGCUGUGUCUCCAGGCAAAGAAACCCCAUAAGGGAGGAAUCUCGCUGUGUCAACCUCAGCAAAGCAGUUCAGGACCGUGUGUCCCUCAUCCAACAGAUUACCACUCCAAAAUCUCUCCCAGAGAGUCGAACCCCAGUGGUGACCAACAUACCUGAGUUGGGUGUAGUUCCUGCUUGCCAGAGAAUUGGCUGGCUUUGCCAUGAUGAUGACCAGCAGCAACAGGAGUCAGCAUGCUUCAGUCCACACCAUCUCUCAUCCAGGUCAGGCUGCGAUACUGAUGUCAGUGGAGUUCAUGUGUUUGUGCAUCCUGAGGAUGCCCUCAGCACACAUGGAGAGGAAAGUGAAGAAGAGUUUGUUUACAGUCCCGUUCCACAUCCUGUCCACCUGUCAUCAUCCAAAGAAACCAAACAGCAAAAGCUGCUUCCAGACCCGAUUCUCAGACUCAAUCGAAUCAUUGGCUUUGGAGGAGCCACUACUAAAUAUGCGCUGUGGACCAAAUCAGGUGAUUCAGUGGUGUAUCCGUGUCAUGCAGUUAUUGUCUCUAUGAAGAUAUGCUCUAACCAGCAGAGAUUCUUCAUUGGCCACACUGAUAAGGUGUCUGCAUUAGCUUUUAAUGGCAACACAACACUGCUAGCCUCAGCGCAAACUGGCAAUCAUAGUGUAGUUCGAGUAUGGAACUACCACAAAGGAAACUGUCUGGCCAUGUUCAAGGUUCACGCUCAUUCAUUGUCCGCUCUUAGUUUCUCAUACAGUGGUGGUACUCUCUGUGGAGUGGGUAAAGACAACCACAAUAAAACAAUGGUGGUAGUGUGGAACACUCUUAAUGUCAGUAAAGGUGGAGAGGUGACCAUCUUAGCCAGAGCACACACUGACAUGGACAUUCACACCAUGAAGAUUGCCUUCUUUGAUGAUACUAGGAUGGUGUCAUGUGGUCGUGACAAUAUUCGUCUGUGGCGAGUACGGAAUGGGAAGCUGCGCUCCUGUCCAGUAAACCUGGGUGAAUACCACUCACUAGACUUCACUGAUGUGGCCUUUGAGGAGGGAAACUCCUCCCACCAGCAUCUUGAUGAUCGAACACUAUAUGCUAGCAGUCGGAGUGGCCAUAUCUUUGAGAUAGAGUACAGCAGAGUUGUCAUCAGAAAUGUGAGGAGGCUGUUGCCUGCACAACAGCAACAUGCAGACCGCAGAGAGAAAUGGACUUUUAAUACAGGUCCUGGCAUUGCCAUCAACAGCAUCAGUGUGUCCUCCUCAUUCUGUGCCACGGGCUCUGAAGAUGGCUUCCUGCGUCUCUGGCCCCUCGAUUUUUCUUCUGUCUUCCUGGAGGCUGAGCAUGAGGGGCCUGUGAGCCUGGUGUCUGUCUCAUCAGACAGCCUUCAGGUCCUGGCAGCCACCUCUACUGGUAACUUGGGUUUUCUUGAUGUGAGCAGCCGUGGCUAUAACACACUGAUGAGGUCGCAUACAGACACUGUGCUCGGCUUCAGUGUGGAUGGCAUUCAUCGGCAUCUCACCACAGCCUCUUCCGACGGCACAGUGCGCAUUUGGAAUAUGGAUUCUUUACACCAGUUGUAUGAUUUUGUGUCUGAGGACAGCCCCUGUUCAGUGGCCUUCCAUCCCAGUGAGCAGGUCUUCUCUUGUGGCUUCAGCUCUGGAAUCAUCAGAGUCUUUGACAUCUCCAGUGCCAAGCUGCUGGCUGAGCACAAGGAGCACAGCGGUGAAGUGGUGGGUCUUGCCUUCUCUCCAGAUGGCGAGUUCAUGUACAGUGCCGACUCCCAGGGUUCUCUUGCACUUUACAACUCUUCUGAGGAAGAUCACAAUGUGAUCAGACUUGCAAGUAACGUGGUGGCCCGAGGCACCGAGCGGGCUCCAGACGCUCUCACAGUGAGCAGUGACAGCCGCUGUCUGGCUUUUGUCGGUCCAUCUGAGUACAUAGUCACCAUUGCUGAUGCACGAUCUCUGGAUGAGUUGCUUCAUGUAGAUGUGAGUAUUUUGGACGUAGAGAGCCCCCGUCUGGAUUGUGCACUGAAAGUCUGCUUCUCUCCGGGAUCCACUGAACACUUGCUGGUUGCCACAUCUGCUAACAAAAUCCUCUGGGUCAGCACUAAGACAGGCCGUCUGCUACGACAGAUGAAAAAGGUGCACAAACACCAGUGUUCAUCUCUGGCUGUGAGUGAGGACAGUCGAUUCCUGCUGACCGCAGGACACAAUGCUGUGAAAGUGUGGGAUUAUAACAUGCAGCUCGAUGUUAACUCACAGAUGUUCAUAGGCCACAGUCAGCCCAUCUGCCAGGUGAGCUUCACCCCUGACCAACUGGGAGUAGUCUCAGUGGGAGACGCCAUAUUCCUUUGGGACUUCUUAGCACAUCCUGUUUACCCUUUGACUGACAGCCGUUCCCCUCUCAGAGUAAGCAACAUCUCUGCUCCAAAAUCAGUGAGCAGAGUUCAGUUGUCCAAUGGGAUGCCUCGUCAGACAGCGCCACUCCCCUCCUCACCGCCUCCACAACUGGGCAUUAGCAUGGCUGACCAAGUUGACCAGGGCACUUUUGGCUCCUUGUCUCUUUGUGAUAACACCCCGACCUUCCCAACUGUUCCAAGCCAAGCCAUUGGUUCGGGUCCUUCAUCUGACCCCAGACCUGCCACCUCCUUCCUCAAAGUCACAGAGCUGCUCAACACGUCUCCCCUCAAUACCAGCUGUAUUGACACGUGCGAGAAAGGAAAGAAGCCAGUACGUCCAGAUUGUUAUAGGCACUUUAUCCCACGUUUCAAGACCUCUACUCUCGAUCAGGCUACUGUGGCUCCCCAACCAGGAGAAGAGGGCAUAAAGCUGAAAGCAGUGAUUGGCUACAAUGGCAAUGGACGUGGCAACAUGGUGUGGAGCCCUGACCAAGGUCUAUUUGCGUACUCGUGUGGCUGUGUGGUGGUGGUUGAGCACCUUCAUACAGGAUGUCAGAGACACUUGCAAGGCCACAGCGAGGAGAUCUCUUGUCUUGCAGUCACAAAUGAUGCACAGACAGUGGCAUCAGCAGCUGGAGGCAAUUAUGGCAGCAGGAGCCUCAUCUGCAUAUGGGACAUCCAGAAUGGAACUUGUCGUAAUACCAUCUCCUACCACAAAGGGGCGGUGCAGAGUCUUGCUUUUUCCAGGGAUGAUCGCUUCUUUCUCUCUGUCGGAGACUUCUCUGACCCAGAGGUGGCUCUGUGGAGUAGCAAGACCUUCCAGCUGCUGUCUAGUGUGAACGUGUCAGGGCCGAUCCAUGAUGCAGCAUUCAGCCCCUCAACAGCUAGCCAGAUGGCCUGUGUGGGCAGCCAAGGGGUUUACUUUGGCCUCAUCCACACCCAUGGCCUGGAUGUAGACCUCAAGGUCCAGAGAGUGAAAGCACCAGUGGACGUCGGUGAUGUGGAGCUGACUGCUCUGUGCUAUCACAUGGACUCUUUUCUGUUCACAGCCACCAAUCAAGGACACAUUUGCAUCUGGGACAUUAACACAGAGCGCUGUUUCAUGACCUGGGAAGCUGAUGAGGGAGAGAUUGGAGUGCUGUUCUGUCGAGGGAAUCAUCUGCUGACAGGCAGCAACACCCGCUGGUUACGACUGUGGGAGGUAGAAGCUGUAAAGGGAGUGAAGCCUCAGGAAAAGGUCUGCAAUGUGGAAGACAGUGGGACCUCUGUAGUAUUGGAGCAGGAGAUAAUGCUGGAUGGGACGAUGGUCAGUGCAGCGUUUGAUCACACAAUGGACAUGGGCGUCGUUGGCACCACAGCAGGAACCCUCUGGUACAUCAACUGGUCAGACAACAGCAGCAUCAGGCUUGUCAGCGGGCAUAAGACCAAGGUGAAUGAUGUGGUGUUUAGCUCCGAUGAGAGCCAUUUCGCCACCUGCAGCGAGGACGGCAGUGUGAGGGUGUGGGCAGCCCCCGGUAAUGAACUGGUGGUGCAGUUCCAGGUGCUCAACCAGGCCUGCGGCUGUGUGUGCUGGAGCCCUUCCUCUAGUAAGGACAGUGCAUGUGUGGCCGCGGGAUACAGCGAUGGGACCCUGAGGAUCUUUCGUCUUGCCUCCUCAGAGAUGGAGAUGAAGCUGCAUCCCCAUCAUGUGGCUGUGACUGCCAUCCAGUACUCUACUGAUGGUCAUGUGAUCCUUUCAGGGGCGAAGAAUGGUCUGGUAGCUGUCAGCAGCCCAGUCAAUGGAGCAACUAUUCGUGUCAUCAGGGACCACAAAGGAGCGCCAAUUACCACCAUUCAGUGUGUGGAUGAAGAGUGCAAGAGUUUUGGACUGGAGGGAAACGAGAUGUGGUUGGCUGCCAGUGCUGACAGACGUGUCAGUGUGUGGGCUGUCAAUUGGUUGAAGGAUAAGUGCGAUCUGCUAGACUGGCUGACAUUUCCUGCUCCAGCUUAUUUUGGGAAUGACAGCCCACCUCCCAGUCUGGCUGCCUUCUGUCCAGCAGACCCUGGCCUGGUGGUCUACACUGGCUACGGAGUAGAAAAAGAGUUGUCCUUCUACAGCCUGACUAAAAAACAGAUAAUAAAAAAGAUUGCCCUGCCCCACUGGGCCACAUGCUUUGACCUCUCUUCUAAGAGUCAGCUCGUAGCUGUGGGAUCAAAAGAGCGAGUGUUGAAGUUGAUCAAGUCGAGCAGUGGCAGAUUUCAGGACUUCCCUCAGCACAGUGACUCACUGCAGAGGUGUCACUUCUCUCCCUCUGGGACGCUUCUUUUCACUGUGGCUUAUAAUGAGAUCCUGCUGUGGGAGGUGCAGGGCCUCUGAAGGCCUCAGAUCUGUUUUUAGACCUAAAACCCUGUGGGUUUACUUUCUUUCACAAGUGUAUUUUUAUUGUUACUUAGAGUAAUUUUAUUCUUGCCAGAAAUACUUUUUUUAUCAAUCAAAUAUUUUCAGGGAAAUAGUUCAGAUUUUUAGAGAACCUUUGUGUCAGUUGUCACAAUGGAGUUAAUGAUAUUCACUGUUUUCUUUCAUGUGUAUGGUUUUAAAAUACAGUCAUUUUUAGUGAACGGA